AUGACGUCUGCGAACGUCUCCAGCUCCCCUCACCGCCAGGCUGAGCCGGCGACCAUGAUGCUGUCAGCGACAUCGGCUGCACCGACGUCUAUGCCGCCAAUCACCACAGAAAGCAUCUCGACGGCGGUCGUCUUUCCAUCAUCCAAUCGCAGCUCUACAGAUGCCUCUGCUGACGAUACCAAGGAAUUGGUGAGUCGGUCUAGUGGUUCAUCUUCCAUAGCAUCGCCCACAGUAUCGACACCGCGCGCCACUUCACCCGAUCACAUCUCACCAUUACCUCUGUGCAACAGAGCGGCUUUCCAAGCACCACAGUCGUCUCGCGACAGCUUGGAAGGCCCCGUCUCUCCAUCCUCGGACUCCACCGUUCCCGCUUUCAUGGCCGGCCUCGCCCUCCAAGUGCAAUCGGCCGUCUCGCGAAACGUCACUGGUCCCCUGGUUCAGGUCCUCACCGAUGCCGAGGAAGCCUCAGCUCUUCAAACCAAUGCAGCACAUAACGACUCGUUGAAAGGCUGCUCACACUCUCAGAGCACUACGCUAGCUCGACAAGGAUCUGGGGGCACUGUUUACGACGAUGCGCUCUGCUCACCUGAGCUAGCACCUAUCAGUGACACAGCACAUUCGCCUCUUUCUGGCAUGAUCAGCAGUACCAGCGAAGAAGCCAUUGAUGCAGCUCUGGGCUCUGCUUUGCGCACCCCAGCAAUGGACUCCCCGCUCCUUCCACUUUUGGCACCAAAGCUCCAAGAAGCUGACAGCAGUAGCAGUGACGGCAGCGGCACCGACACUUCGACGACUCAGACCGACAUCAGCCGUACUCCUUCCACUUCCACCACAGGCUCCAGUCACGCUGGCAGUCUCGAUACCGCCAUUAGCUCAGUCGCUUCAGGCACCGGUUUCGAAAGCAGCUACAAGUCACACGUCGACGAUUCUUCCGCCGAUACCCUUCGCGUCGACGUUGCAGGCUACGAUCCAAGCCUCCAGCCGAACCAAGCAUCUCCGGUCUCGGUGAUAUCCGAGGGCGACGCCGUCUUGCUCGAAUACCCUGACCUUGUCGAGGGCGGAACAGCGGAUACCAGUGUUGUCGAAGCAAAGUACACGACGGCCAAGGUUCGUCGCUACGCGGCUUUACUGGAGCUGAUUGACACGGAGCGUAACUAUGCCGACGAUCUGGCCACGCUCGUUCUGGUCUUCUUUGACAAUAUCUGCAUGAUGCCCUUCUUCAACGAUCAGCCUGCCCGUCAGGCUUUGGUUAUGAGAAAUUCGGAAGAUCUGCUGCGCACCCAUCAGAAAUUGUCGGCCAAACUCGACGGCAUCCUGGUCGACCUCGGUCUUCGAAGAACCGGGCCGCACCAACACCUUGAGGACGAGAGGUCCGAGCUCGAAAAGGCCCUCAGCCCUCAGGCUGAUGAGGCUGUCGUCCGUGUGGCCAAGCUUUUCAAUCAGAUGAUGCCUUCGCUCCAGUGCUACAAGGCUUUCUGCUCGCGUCACGGCGAAGCUCUUGCUUUGAUUCGCGAAGCCGAGAAGCGACAUGCCGACUGGGACGCUUUCGAGAGGCACUGUGCCGACAUCCUCAAGCUCACAAGGCUUCCGCAAUGGGGCGCCUCGCGCCCACAUUCGGGCACCAACACACCCAGUAUGUCUGCCAUCAGUCCAGCAUCGUACUUUACAUCCAUGUCUGCCGCCAACUCCUCGAACCUUUCUUCGGGAUCCACCUCGACCUUCACCGCUGGCACAAACUCCAACCUCGGCAGUACCUCCACCACAACUGGCUGGGCUUCUAGUGCCAUACGCCGAAACUCUUCUCGAUUGCUGUUCAGAGACUUCCUCAUCAAGCCCAUCCAACGACUGUGCCUAUAUCCACUCGUGCUGCAAACAUUGCAGAAGCACAGCUCCUCAACGGGCGAUUCGGUCGAAGAGCUUGCACUCGCCAUUUCCCUCAUGCGCGAGGUUGCGGAUCAAGUGGAUGAGGCAGGGAAGCGUCGAGAGUCGGAACUCCGUGCCGACCUCAUCUCAUCGCGCAUUGAGCCAAACCAGGGCAUCACAUCGUCGUUCCUCAAAUCUCUGGCCGAUUGCCAGCUGUCAGGUACGCUCGACGUCUUGUACCACCACCGCGUGUUGAACCCGCUCGUGGCGCCUCUGCGCUUCAAGUACUUUGGCGUCUUCAUCUACCACAGCUUCCUGAUCAUGGUCAAGGUUCGCAAGAAUUCGACCUACGAAUGCCGACACUGGUUUCCUCUUUGGGCCGCACGCCUUUCCAACAUGGAAGACGAGAGGAACUUGAUUCCCAACUCUUUCCGCCUGUCCGUCAAGGAGCACCACUUUGAACUUGCUGCAUCGAACGCAAAGGAAAGGCAGCUUUGGAUCGACGUUCUCUCGCUCGCCAUUUCCCGCUCUACUUUCUCUCCGCCGGGCUCCGAGGCAGCUUUCCCCUGCAGCCUCUACUUUGGCGAUGCGACCGAUGGCGAGCUGCUCGAAGCCUCCGAGGCACCAACACCAAAUGCCAUUCGACCCUCGGAGUUCCAGGGCUACUUUGAUUCUUCCAAGUCCAGCACGGCUGAUCCCUUGAUGGAGUUCCUGGCGAUGCACGCUGCAGGGGCGGCGCAAGCUACAAGUUCAAACCAGAAGGGCCAGCGCUCAUCAUCCGGACCCUGGAUGCCCACCGAGAUCUUGCUACGACAUGCUUCGCCCAACUCCCGAGCUAUCGUGGACCGUGGCAUGAUCUUAUCGGAUUCAGUCAUCUCUUCCCGUCUCGCUCGAGACGGAGGCGCUCUUUCGACCUUGUACGCAGCUUCUGGAUCCGGCCUCGGAUCCGCCGUUGGUUCCUCGCUAGGCCUGAGCCGCCUUUCAGCAAAGGAGACAUCCACCGUCAAAAUCCAGCGCCGUAAGAGUUGUGCCGGCCUGCUCGAGAACCCCGAGGCUGAGGAGGACGCCAACAAUCUUGUGUUCACCGCCGAGUUUGUGCAGCCAAGCUCGCGCUCGCGUUCCUCGACAAAGGUACAGGCCGACGCGCUGCUUGACCGAGAGGGAUGGAAAUCGUCUCUACUCAAGAAGGCCAACAGGGUACGACCAGCCAGCAUCUUUGCACCGACGGGACUCAAUGUCAACACGGACCUCGGCAGUCCGACCUGGGGUCCCGGCUCUGCCUCGACGCCUACCUCGCCUACCACAGCCAACCGCGACCUUGCUGUGCACGAGUUUGGAAGCUUUGGCAUCGCCGGCCCGACGCAGUCGAGCUCGAACCCACGACUUACUUUGUCCAAGCCUGCGACCGGAUCAGCUUCUUACUCGCUCACCUCGUCUCCUGUCGCUUGGUGUGACUCCGCCGCCAACUCAUCCAACAACCUGCGAGCUUCGGUUUCUUCUCUGCCUCCUCGGUCUCGCGGCAGCUUCUACGGCAUGAGGGACUCUCUCACCAUGACGUUUGGUCGGAGAUCUCGGACUCACUCAGCCGAAGCUGGUCUCGGCGAUGCUUAUCCCGUGACUGACUUUGGCGCAAGGUCGGCACUUUCUUCAGCAAAUGUGUCGCCGAUGGUCAGCAUGCAGGAGCUGCCCCAUGCGGUCUCGACUGACACUGCAGCAACGCGACGACCUCCGGCGGACGAAGUGCACCUGCAGCAACAGCAAAGUGCACGCUUCAGCGGUCGAUCACGCACCAACUCUAUCUCGUCGGUGACAGGCUCGCUUCGCCGGGUAUUCACAACUACAUCCCUGGUUGCGCUUAACCACAAGCGCACACAGACAGAUAUUGUCAAGUCGAUCGGAGGCUCGGUACAGGCCGAGAGACAGCUGGUAACGGACGGACUAGUGAGACCGCUCACCGAAUUUGCGCAGUCCACGACCACGGAGCAUUCAGGGACUUCGCCCCGCAAGAGCGGCCAAGGCACUCUGCGAAGGUCCAGGACGAUGCUCAACUAUUCCAAGAACUGGUUCCGCGCGUCUGCAGCCGCCAAUGUCGUCGAGCGCGUCCAUGCCGAAGCUGUUGCGCCUGCACAGGGCCUGUCAUGGCAAAGACAUGCGCCGCUGACGAGCGUUGCAACAACCUCGACGAGCCCCGACUUUAACGUAGCUGAGGAAGCGCACAGGCCAUUGCGCACCAGCAGCGCACCCGUGACGCACCAAAACGCAGUGCAUCCCGAGAGUUUUCGAAGGGCAUCGGAUACUCAGCUGACCACGAUCGCCGAGCAGCACAGAGAAUCGGGUGAUGUGGGAGGUCGAAGAGCUUCCAAGGGCUUUAACCCUCUCAGAUUCUUGCAGAACAAUCGACUCUCGCCGAUUCCUUCGCAGACUGCGCGUUGA